AUGUCACUCAAUAAAUGGGAAGAUAGUUCUCGAAUCAAUCGUCGUCUCACAGAUCUAAAGCUUAUCUUUGAAUUCAAUAGUAAAUGUACAUCAUCAUGUCAUCCAUUUAUUGUAUCACCACCUAACUUACAACAUACUAUAAAUCGUGACAGAAUCAGAUCGUAUUUCGAUUUAGGAUGUGGAGAUGGAAGUAUCACAGCUGCAAUUGGAGCUUAUUUAGGUUUAAACAAAGAAUAUAUUUUUGGAAGUGAUAUAUACGAAGGGCAAAGCAAAGACAUUACAUUUAUUAAAGUGGAUGAAAGUCAAUCAACAAUUAAUCUUCCUGAUAAUAGUAUCGAUCUUAUAACUUCUUUCGUUACAUUUCAUCACAUAUCUCAGAUUGAGAAAACAAUUACUGAAUUGUUUCGUAUUCUUCGAUCGGGUGGUUAUCUUAUUUUACGCGAACAUAAUUGCAAAAACGAUAGAUCACUUGCAGCUAAGUAUCUCAAUUUUGUACAUGCUAUCAUGAUGAUCGCACGAGUUGGAGAAUUUGCUACUUCUCUGAAUGAUCUUCAUAAUGAAAAUCAACAAGUAUUGAAUAGAGACUACAAUAAUAUUAUAGAUGAUUGGAUGGAACAAAAGUCACAUAUUAUUGAAUAUAUAAAAACAAUUUCUUACCGAUCAUGUGAUGAAUUGCGAGAGAAACUUGAAAAUACUGGUUUUCAUCUUCUUGCCACAUUCUUUUAUGGUGCAUCUGGAUCUAAUCCACAAAAUCUAUUUUAUGCUGUUUACCAAUUGAAUGAUAAACUUAAAAUGUAUGGUGAAUAG